GUCAGGUUGGGCGUUCCCGCCGCGGGCACGCGGACCCUGCUGCCCGGUAUAAAAGGAGCGAUGCCGGCCCUUGAAGGACGAAGGGGUUCUGGAGCGCGAAACGUUAGCGAGUCGCAGACGCACCGAGCAGAACCCUGAUGGAGGUGAUGAAUGAGUUGAUCCCUUUUGCCCAGGAGAUGCUGGGCCAACGGCCCAACAGGAAGAUGCUGAAGAUCUACGCGAUUGGCACAGCGCUGGCAUUCUUCGGGGUGGUGGUGGGGCUGGUGGAGACGGUGUGCUCCCCGUUCACCUCCGGCGAGGCGGAGGAGCGGACGCAGGAAGUCCCAUCACCCCAACCCCAGUGCAAGGACCUGCAGAAGCUGAACAACAAGGAGAAGCUGAGCCCAAAGCGUAAUCGCAAGCCUGCUUUAUGAACCUCCUGGUGAGGCAGGAGAGAGCUGGGCUGCAAAGCGGCCUCAAUAGACUUGGAUAAUGAUCUGCCAGCUGCUCCUUGAAGGAGCUUUGGUUAGUCUUCAGUUUGCUACUGUGCAGCAGAGUUGUAUCGUUGUACCAUCCUGGUACCCUGUAAACAAUUUUUUAUACUUUGCAUUUUUGCAUUCAAUAAACUGGCAUUUUUAAUGAGAUAUAAAUAUGUGAA